AUGCCGGCUAUUCACAACGCACCACCCAAACUCGACCUCGGUCACAUGGCUUUCGAGCUGUCCACUAAGAAGGCGCUGCUGGGCCAACAGCAAUCGCUGAAGACUCAAGCCACCGCGCCAACAGAGACAGACUGGCACCCAACUUCUUGGCGGUCUAAGCCUGUCACUCAAGACAUCGUCUAUCCGGACCAGGGCGCUCUCUUCAAAGCGCUCAGCAAGAUUUCGCAUCUCCCCAGCCUCGUGUCGGCCGGCGAGAUCGAACGUGCUCGCGAAGAUUAUGCUCGAGGUGCUCGCGGCGAGGCAUUCUUUCUGCAUGGCGGUGACUGCGCCGAGGCCUUCAAUGAAUGCACGGAGGACCACAUCUCAGCGCAGCUCCGUAUUCUCUUGCAGAUGAGCUUCAUCAUCUUCAUGGGAGCCAAGACACCAGUUGUGCGCGUCGGCCGCAUUGCCGGGCAGUAUGCCAAACCCAGAAGCAAAUUGGCCGAGGUUGUGGACGGCAAAGAGUACCCCUCUUUCCGCGGCGACUCUGUCAACGGAAUGGAUCUCACCGAUAGGCAACCGGACCCAGACAGGCUUGUCUCGGCGUACUUCCAUAGUUCGACGACGAUCAACUACCUGCGCAGCCUCAGCACCGAGCAACAGCUACUCGACGCCGCCAUCAAGGAAUUGAACUUCGACGCCGACUCUAUCGACAGCGAGAUUCUGCGUGUCAAGGCUCAUCAAGUCCACUCGCGCAUCGAGGACGCGCUGCUGCUCUAUGCGUCUUCUGCGCGCAACGGCGACAAGGCUAGCUCUCGCACCCUGGACCACUUGUCACGAGCCAUGGGCAGCGAAAUGCUGUGGACAUCUCAUGAAGCCCUCAACCUUUCGCUGGAGGAAGCCAGUGUUCGUAGCGUGCUUGACCCCGUCACUGGAGCCACUCACCACUACGACUCUUCCGCGCACAUGAUCUGGACAGGCGAGCGUACGCGUCAACUGGAAGGAGGGCACAUCGAGUUCAUGCGCGGCCUACGAAACCCAAUCGGCUGCAAGAUCGGCCCGACUAUGCAACCCGACGAAUUGGUCGCUCUGCUGAACAAAUUAGACCCCGACUAUCAGGAUGGCCGGGUAACUCUGAUUACGCGACUGGGCGUGGAUAAAGUCGAUCGUUUCCUUCCUCCCCUCAUCGAUGCUGUUCAGGCAUCUGGGCACCGUCCCCUCUGGUUGUGCGACCCAUGCCACGGCAACGGAAAGACCACGCCGACGGGCAUCAAGACGAGAGACUUUGCAGACAUCUUUGGCGAGAUCGAGAAGAGUAUCAGCGUUCACAACGCCAUGCACAACCCGCUCGGUGGGUUGCACCUCGAGCUGACGGGUGACAAUGUCACCGAGUGUACCGGCGGUUGCAUUCCACUGGGAGAGGACCAGCUGGGUUCUGCGUACAAGACGCUUUGUGACCCUAGGCUUAGCGCGGAGCAGAGCCUUCACCUAGCUCUUCUGGUCAGCAGACGACUCGAGGGAGAUAAUCUUCAUGCCCACCUCAGCUCGGCGCCUGUCUCAGCUGCCUCCUCGGCACCCGGCUCCCCUGGCAAGUAA